UUGUACCACCAGGGAGGGCCUGAAGCCAUUGAAGAUUUUAAAUGGGUUAGAAUGUGAUCAAAUUGGGAGUUAGAAAAGAUUACACUGGUUGGAAAGUGAGGAAAGUUUUAGAAGGAGCUUUAUGAAUAGGCCGGGUUACCAUGUAGGAGGCUGUGGCAAUGAUCUGUGGGCUAGAUGCUUGCUAGAGAGAGGAGAGAAGGGGAUGACAUCCUCAGGGACUUGACUGCCCAGGGGGAGUUGAGGGGUCUGGGUGAGAAAGUCGGGGCAAGACCCACUUUUCUAACUGGAGCAGCUAGGUGAAUGGAUGGUGGAGCCUUUCAACGAAGAACUUAGAAAAAGGAAUGAUUGGGGAGGGCGAUCACCCCAAUUUCAGUUCUGGUUGUCCUCUCAAGUGGGUAUCAGUUAGAAAUAGCCAGCUGGCACCCCCAGAGCAUCGGGAUAGAGGUCUAGGUUGGAGGCAGCAAAGGCAAACUACCCUGUCUUUCUUCUCAUGCAGCCUGGGCCCGGACAUGUGGCUAAGGAGACUUUUUCAGCCCUCUCAGCUCCAGUGGGCAUGGAGGGGAGCCUUCCUGAAGCACGCGCAGUACAGGCACCUGGGAACCCCUCGAUGGACGCAUUCUGGAGGCGGCCCCUACCGGGCGGUGAUUUUUGAUAUGGGUGGGGUUCUCAUUCCUUCUCCUGGCAGAGUGGCUGCAGAAUGGGAGGCACAGAAUGAAAUCCCUUCUGGAACGAUACUAAAAGCCUUGAUUGCGGGUGGUGAAAAUGGGCCCUGGAUGAGGUUUAUGAGAGCAGAGAUAAGAACAGAAGAUUUCUUACAAGAACUUGGGCGACAUUGUUCUGAAGUGUCUAAGAUGUCCGUGCCCGUGGACUCCUUCUUCUCCUUGCUGACCAGUGAGCAAGUGGCAAAGCAGUUCCCAGUGAUGACUGAAGCCAUAACUCAAAUUCGGGCCAAAGGCCUUCAGACUGCAGUCUUGAGCAAUAAUUUUUAUCUUUCCAAUGGGAAAAGCUUCUUGCCUCUGGACCGGAAACAGUUUGAUGUGGUUGUGGAAUCCUGUCUGGAAGGUGUCUGCAAGCCCGACCCUCGGAUCUACAAGCUGUGCCUGGAGCGGCUUGGCUUGCAGCCCUCCGAGUCCAUCUUUCUUGAUGACCUUGGGCCCAAUCUGAAAGCAGCUGCCAGCCUCGGUAUUCACACCAUUAAGGUUAACGACCCAGAGACUGCAGUCAAGGAAUUAGAAGCCCUCUUGGGUUUUAGGUUGAAAAUGGUUAUUCCAAACACUCAUGCUGUGAGAAAGACAAUGGAAAUUCCUAAAGAUUCCUUGGAGAAGUACCUCAAAGACUUACUGGGCACACAGACCACAGGCCCACUGGAACUUCUUCAGUUUGAUCAUGGGCAGUCAAAUCCAACUUACUACGUCAGGCUGGCCAACCAUCAGCUGGUUCUGAGGAAGAAGCCCCCAGGAACGCUCCUUCCAUCUGCCCAUGCAGUUGAGAGGGAGUUCAGGGUCAUGAAAGCCCUGGAGAAUGCUGGAGUACCUGUCCCCAAGGUUCUCGACCUUUGUGAAGAUUCUAGGGUCAUCGGCACCCCCUUCUAUGUGAUGGAGUACUGCCCAGGGCUCAUCUACAAAGACCCCUCUCUGCCAGGCUUGGAGCCCAGCCAGAGACGGGCCAUAUACACAGCCAUGAACAGAGUUUUGUGCCAGAUCCACAGCGUGGACUUCAAGGCCUCCGGCCUAGCAGGCUACGGGAAACCCGGAGACUACCUUUCACGCCAGGUGCAAACCUGGACUAAGCAGUACCGAGCUUCGGAAACCAGCACCGUCCCUGCGAUGGAGAGACUGGUUGAAUGGCUGCCGCGCCACCUGCCCAGGCAGCAGAGGUCCGCGGUGGUGCAUGGGGACUUCAGGCUGGACAACCUGCUCUUCCAUCCAGAGAAGACAGAGGUGCUUGCUGUCCUGGACUGGGAACUUUCCACCUUGGGCGACCCCCUGGCAGACGUGGCCUUCAGCUGCAUGGCUUACUACCUGCCCUCUAGUUUCCCUCUGCUGAGAGGCUUGAGUGACUGUGAGUUGGCUCAGCUGGGAAUCCCGACUGCAGAGGAAUACAGCAGGAUGUACUGUCGCCACAUGGGGAUCCCUGCCAUAGAGCACUGGAACUUCUACAUGGCCUUCUCCUUUUUCCGCGUGGCCGCAAUCCUGCAGGGAGUCUACAAGUGCUCGCUCACAGGACAAGCGAGCUCGGCGGCUGCUGAGCAGAGUGGGAAACUGAUUGAAUUCAUGGCGAACCUCGCGUGGGACUUUGCAAUCAAAGAGGGCUUCCGAGUUUUCAAAGAGAUGCCCGCCACCAAACCAUCAGUGAGGUGGCACCACACCCAGGCUGGCCCACAGUCCCUGCUAAGCCCCCGUGGCACGAGGAGUUACAGCUCCCUGCCAGGACCUGCCCCUGUUCACACCCAGCGGGUGGGCUGCUCAUCUCUGCAGAGGGCCUGUCCCCGGGUCAAGGCACUGUACCGGCGGCCGCGGCAGUUCACGGAGCAGCAUGUGUACCCGCGGCCAGAGCUGCGGCGGCGCCAGGUCUCGGCAGAGAGGUGGCCCCGCCGCCCCUUGUUCUCAAAUCUCUCGGAGAAAGCCAAGGCCGAAGGGCUUUGGAACCUUUUCCUACCCUUGGAGACUGAUCCCCAGAGAAAAUACGGAGCAGGACUGACCAACGUCGAGUAUGCACAUUUGUGUGAACUCAUGGGCAUGUCUCUGUAUGCCCCCGAGAUAUUUAAUUGUUCUGCUCCAGACACGGGGAACAUGGAACUUCUGGUGCGGUACGGCACCGAGCAGCAGAAGGCCCGCUGGCUGACUCCUUUGCUGGAGGGAAGAGCCCGCUCCUGUUUUGCUAUGACUGAGCCCCAGGUGGCCUCAUCAGAUGCUACCAACAUCGAGUCCUCCAUCAGCGAGGAGGGUGACGUCUAUGUGAUCAAUGGACACAAGUGGUGGAUCUCAGGCAUCCUGGAUCCUCGAUGCCAACUCUGUGUGUUUAUGGGGAAAACAGACCCUCAUGCCCCGCGCCACCAGCAGCAGUCAGUGCUCCUGGUUCCCAUGGACGCCCCAGGGAUAAGAGUCAUCCGGCCUCUGACGAUGUACGGGCUGGACGACGCGCCAGGUGGCCACGGCGAAGUCCUCUUUGAGCAAGUGCGUGUGCCCAAGGAGAACAUAGUCCUGGGCCCCGGCCGAGGCUUUGAGAUCGCCCAGGGCAGACUGGGUCCCGGCCGGAUCCACCACUGCAUGCGGCUGAUCGGGCACUCGGAGAGGGCCCUGGCGCUCAUGAAGGCCCGCGUGAAGUCCCGCGUGGCCUUUGGGAAGCCCUUGGUGGAGCAGGGCACACUGCUGGCAGACAUCGCCCUCUCACGGGUGGAGAUUGAGCAGGCCCGGCUGCUGGUGCUGAAGGCGGCCCACCUCAUGGAUAUGGCCGGAAAUAAGGCUGCAGCUUUAGACAUCGCCAUGAUUAAAAUGGUGGCCCCGUCCAUGGCCUACCGUGUGAUUGAUCGUGCUAUUCAGGCCUUUGGAGCAGCAGGGCUGAGCAGUGACUACCCACUGGCCCAGUUUUUCGCGUGGGCCCGGGCGCUGCGCUUUGCUGAUGGACCUGACGAGGUGCACCGGGCGGCAGUGGCCAAGACGGAGUUGAGGCACCGCAUUUAGCCCUGCAGGAGUGUGGAGUCAAGCAUCCCUGCCCGCCUGCCUGCCUCGCCCAGGACUUUAAAUGAUGCACUUUGGGAGGCCUGGUAGGUGUGCCCUUCCCUAGGCACCCUGAUGUCUCCUGAGACAGUCUAUGAACUCAGUCAGCUUUUUUGGGUUUCCAUGGAAAACGUUUCUCUGAGUGCCUUGGGUUUGCUGUUUCAGGCAAGGAGGAAGGGGACUGGCUGGGAGCUGGGCGGGUUUCGUCUGGGGCCUGGAAGCUGGUCUUCCGUGUCUUGGUGACCCUCCACGGGCUGUGGUGUGAGAGGCUGUGGGAACCAGAUAAACACGACGACCCUCGCUGGGUGAUGUGCCUUUGCUUGCUCCUGCCCCUGGGGGCUCCCCCAGAAAGCAGAGGGGUGGCCCUGACGGGUCGUGACCUAAACACCCAGAGCUCCUGGGAAAAUGAAAUGAAACCAAAAUAUUGACGCCACACAUCUGCCUUUUUCCCCACUUGAAUGUUUACAACACAAACACUGAUGUUGUUUUGAAAAUGGGCUUUGGGGACACAAGCGACUCAGAACACACACGGUGGAGACUGUGGACUUCCUAGGUCAUGCGAAGGGAGCUGAGACCAAAAGGUCACACAUCAGCCUCUGUGUCAGCGUGUCACUUGCCUCCUCACACUGGUCACAGG